GCGCGGGGGCUCCGGGGCUCGGGGACUUCGUUGGGCCUCGGAAUUUUCCCAGAAAGUGUAGUUUGUGCCCCGGCAGGCGGGAGCAGGAAGUGCCCCGAGGGCCUGUUUACGAGCCUUACACCUCAAUCACUUGUAACUAGUGCAGAAGUAAGUAACCUAGAUACUUACUUGCUUAGGUUAGCCAUCCGAAAAGGGGGAUAUUGAUAGUAAUUCAUGGUAUUAGUGUGAGAAUAAAUUGUUACCUGUAAGAUCUUUUCUCAAAUGCUUGUUAACUACAGCGUGACUGUCAAGAGUAUAGUGUAUUUAUAACCCAUUAUAAUUAGCACUUUAUUCCAAUCCUUUGUUGUCUCAUUUGACCCUGAUAACCACCCUCUUUCUCUGUGUCAUAAAUAUACCUUUAAAAACGAGAACGCAGGCAGAGAGGGGUGAAAGGAUAUACCCAGCGUCACAAAUCAGUGGGCAAAGAAGCUAGGAUGCAGAUGCAGGUAUUAUUUGCUCCCAGUCUCUUGCUGGUCCUAAUAUCUCCUUUGCCUAAAACCCAGCUUUGCAGCCUUCACAGCACUUAGCACAGGCUCCUGCGCCCAAGUCCACAGGGAUGUGACUGUGAACGGAAUCUCACUAUGUCUGAAUCUUCACAGUUCUCUACAGUGUGUCAAGAACAGCAGAAAAUGAACAAAUCUUCGGCUUCAGUGUCAUUCAAGGACGUGGCUGUGGAGCUGACCCAGGAGGAGUGGCAGCACAUGGGCCCUGCUCAGAGGACCCUGUACAGAGACGUGAUGCUGGAGAACUACAGCCACCUCGUCUCAUUGGGGUAUUGCAUUACCAAACCAGAGGUGAUCUUCAAGUUGGAACAAGGAGGAGAGCCCUGGCCCUUAGAGGAAGAAUUCCCAAACAGUGGCUACCCAGUACAUCAGGAAACUCACCUAGAAGAGAAAUUCUACAAAUAUGGUGAAUUUGAUAAGUUUUUCUGCGAGAAUUCAUUCUUCAGUAUACAUCAGCAAAGUGACACAGGACAGAGGUCCUUUGAAUGUGAUGAACGCAGGAAAUCCAUUUAUCAGAAAGCACACCUCAUAAAGCAUCAGAGAACCCAAUUAGGGAAGAAGCCCUAUGAGUGUAAGGAAUGUCGGGAAUCCUUUGGUUGGAAGUCACACUUAAUUGAACACAGUGGAACUCAUAUCGGGGUCAAAUUCUAUGAAUGUAAUGAAUGUGGGAAAGCUUUCUGCCAGAAGUCAAACCUCAGUGAACAUCUGGGAACUCACACAAGAGAGAAACAUUAUGAACAUAAUAAAGGUAGAAAAUCUUACAAGAGCUUAUUAGCUCACAAAGAGCACCAGAAAGGAGACACAGAGAAGAGACUCUGUAAAUGUAAUGAAUGUAGAAAAGUGCUCUCCCAGAAUUCAACCUUCAGAGCACAUCAGCGAAUUCACACAGAGGAGAAACCCUACAAAUGUAGUGAAUGUGGGAAGACCUUCUCCCAGAAGGCACAUCUCAUUACACACCAGAGGAUUCACACAAGGGAGAAACCCUACAAAUGUAAUGACUGUGGGAGGUCUUUCUCCCAGAAGAUACACCUCAGUGCACAUCAGAGAAUUCACACAGGGGAGAAACCCUACAAAUGUAAUGACUGUGGGAGGUCGUUCUCCCAGAAGAAACACGUCAGUACACAUCAAAGAAUUCACACAGGGGAAAAACCCUAUGAAUGUAAGGAAUGUGGGAAAACUUUCUCCCAAAAGACACACCUCAUUAUACAUCAGAGAAUACAUACAGGGGAAAAGCCAUAUGAAUGUAAGGGAUGUGGGAAAACAUUUGCUGACAAUUCAAGCCUCAGAGUACAUCAGAGAAUUCACAAAGGGGAGAGACCCUAUGAAUGUAACGAAUGUGGGAAAACUUUCUAUAUGAAGGGGAAUCUCAUUACACACCUACGACUUCAUACAGGGGAAAAACCCUUUGAAUGUAAUGAAUGUGGGAAAUCUUUCUCCCGUAAGGACCACUUCACUGCACAUCAGAGAAUUCAUACAGGGGAGAAACCCUACAAAUGUAAUGAAUGUGGGAGAUCUUUCUCCAGUGAGACAUACCUCAGUAACCAUCAUAGAAUUCACACAGGGGAAAAACCCUAUGAAUGUAAUGAAUGUGGGAGAUCUUUCUCCCAUAGGGCAAACCUCAGCACACAUCAAAGAAUUCACACAGGUGAGAAACCGUAUGAAUGUAAUGAAUGUGGGAAAGCUUUUGCCCGAAAUGACAGUCUCAUAGCACACCAGAGAAUUCACACAGGAGAGAAACCCUAUGAAUGUAAUGAAUGUGGAAGAGCUUUCUCUGUAAAGUCGUACCUCAUUUCACAUCAGAGAAUUCACACAGGAGAGAAGCCUUAUGAAUGUAAAAUAUGUGGGAAAGCUUUUGCCCAAAAUUCAAAUCUCAGAGUACACCAGAGAAUUCACACAGGAGAGAAAUCCUAUGAAUGUAAUGAGUGCGGGAAGACCUUCUGUCAGAAGCCAGGACUCAGAGUACAUCAGAGAAUUCACCGUGGGAAAAACCUUACAAGUGUAAUGGAUGUGGGAAAACUUUUGCUGAUACCUGUACCCUCAGAAGUCAUUGGUGAAUUCACAUGGGAUGAACCCUGUGUAUGCAACAAAUGUGGGAAAGCUUUUGUGUGGAAGGCGUCCCUUAGAAUUCAUCAGAAUUUAUGCAAGAGAGAAACCUUUUCCAUGUAAGUCACCUUAUUAGAUAACUGCCGACACCCACAGAAGCAGCAGUCAAGAAAUCAAACGACAUACUGCACUGGGCAAAUCUGCAAAAGACCUUUUUCAAGGGUUUUUAAAAAGCAAAGAUGUCACUUUGAGGACUAAGGUGUGUGUGAUCCAAGCCAUGGUAUUUACAGUCACCUCAGAUGUAUGUGAAAGCUGGACAAUGAGUAAGGUUAAAGACCAAAAAAGAAUUGAUGCCUUUGAAUUAUGUGUUGGCAAAGAAUAUUGAAUAUACCAUGGACUGCCAGAAUAAUAAACAAAUCUGUCUUGGAAGAAGUACAGUCUGAAAGUAAGGGUGGCAAGGCUUCAUCUUGUGUGCUUUGGACAUGUUAGCAGGAUCAGUCCCUGGAGAAGGACAUCUUGUUUGGCAAAGUAGGUCAGUGAAAAAGAGGAAGGCCCUUGAUGAAAUGGAUUGACACAGUGGCUGCAACAGUGGGCUCAAACAUAGCAACGUUUGUGAGGAUGGUGCAGGGUCGGGCAGUGUUUCAUUCUGUUGUACGUAGGGUCACUGUGUGUCGGAAGCAGCUUGACAGUACCUAACAAAAACAAUUAGAUAAUUCCCGGAAGGAAGAAACUCAGGUCAUGUAGUCCAACAACUUGUUGACCUGUAACCAUGUUCUUUCACACUAGGCACAUGUUCUUUCACAUAGCUAUUCUAAAAUUCUCAAUUCAUCUAUGUCCAGGUGACGGCUAUUGUGCAUAUUAAUUGUAUAUACCGCAUUCAAGUCUGGCCCAUUAAAGAUUUACCUCACAGUCUCCCUGACACUGUUAAAAUGGAAGGGAGAUAAUUUCCAUAGCAAACUUGGAUGUCAUACAUUAAACAUGGCAGAACACAGGGUGAAAGAAGCUGGAGUCCCUGAAUAAGUGGACUGAGCAGAAUUCUUCCCUACUAGAUCUUCACCAGUUGACUUUUGACUUUUUUAAAGCAAAAUAUAAAUUCGUGUUGUAUAUAGGUCUUGCAAAUUUGACUCUUCUGCACAUUGUUUAGACAUCUCCCUGUUUGGGAGAGAUUAAACCCUGUGACUAUAUUGAAUGUGACUUGAAUUGUAGGAAUUUCGCCAAUCAUUGUAUAUCGAAAAACUCCCUCAAGAAUGAUGUCUUAGUUACCCAUCGUUGCUAUAUCAGAAAUAUCGCAAGUAGGUGGCUUAAAGAACAGGAAUGUAUUGGUUCUCAUAGCCCUGGAGGCUAAUAGUCUGAAUUCAGGGUGUAGUACUAGUAGGAGACUCUUGUCAGUACCUCUUGGCAUUCUUUGGUAUUUGUUUUUUGUGGUGUCUGCAACAAUAUGUAACAUAAGUAAUUAGGUUUAGGACCCACCUUCCUUUGGCAUGACCUCAAUAACAUAACAAAGGAAACCUGUUUCCAAAGAGGGUCAUAGUUACAGGUACAGGGGUUAGAAUUUCAACACAUACAUUGGGAGUACACAGUUCAGUCCAUUACAGAAGAAAAUGCUUGUGAACAUCUUGAAUGAUCAGAAACUUUCAUCUGCAAGUCAAGUUCAGUAAAACUUAGAGAAACCUGGGGAAAACCCAAGGACUGCUAUAAACAAAACAUUUACCAAGAUAUUAAUCCUCUUGUACAUCAAAUAAGAUUACCCUGACAUCAUAAAUAGUUUGAAUAAAUGUAUGAAUGUUUUUGACAAAUACUGAGCAUUUAUUUUUCAGCAUAUAUUUUUUCUGGGACAGAAUUCUCUUUAAGAAUACUGGAUAAAAUCUUCACCCAGAACUGAUGUCCCACAGUUUAUGUUUAAUAUGUGGUACUAAAGAUUUUAUACAAAAUACAUAACAAAAUAUUUACCUAUGAAAUGUGCUGUUUUAAAAAUGAAGAUAUUAUGGGAAACACUACUAAACAUGUUAGUGAACAGCCUGAGCAAUGUGGUGCUUUGGUACAUGGGGCUAUGUAACUUUCUGUUUAUGGGAACAUGACAUUAUAGGAAAUAUUUACCUUUAAUAAACUUCGAUUUUCCACCCUAUUGUCUCUUUAUAUCAUUAAUCAUGAUAAAUGGAGAAAAUAUUGAAGAUGUCAGGGAGUUCAUUUUACUUGGAUUCACAAUCAGUGCCCAUGGAGCAGCUGUCAAGAAAUCAAAUGACAUAUUGCAUUGGGCAGAUCUGCAAAAGACUCCUUUAAAGUGUUCAAAAGCAAAGGUGUCACUUUGAGGACUAAAGUGUGUCUGGCUCAAGCCAUGAUAUUUUCAGUUGCCUCAUGCAUGUGAAUGCUGGACAAUGAAUAAGGAAGACUGAAAAAUUGAUGCCUUUGAAUUAUGGUGUUGGUGAAGAAUGUUGAAUAUACCGUGGAGUGCCAAAAGAAUGAGUAAAUCUGUCUUGGAAGAAGUACAGCCAGAAUGGUCCAUGGAAGUGAGGAUGGUGAGACUUCAUCUCAUGUGCUUUGGACAUGUUAUCAGGAAGCACCAGUUCCUGGAGAAGGACAUCAUGCUUGGUAAGGUAGAGGGUCAGCGAAAGAGAGGAAGGCCCUCAACGAGAUGGGUUGACACAGUGGCUGCAACAGUGGGCUCAAACAGCAAUGAUUGUGAGGAUGGCACAGGGCUAGGGAGUGUUUUGUUAUGUAUGUAGGGUUGCUAUGAGUUGGAACCGACUUGAUGGCACCUAAUAACGUUUAUACUAUUGAUACAUUAAAGGAUUUUCUUGCGAAUUAAAAUAACUACGUAGCCUUUCUUAUACUGUUUCCCUGCCUGUGUAAAAGUCAGAUAUUGGCUGUAUGCUGUGUACAAGAGUCUCUCUUUAGAUCCGAAGAUACAGGCUGAAAGUGAAAGGGUGGAAAAAAUAUGCAAAUAGCAGAAUUCAGCUGAAGUGGCUAUGUUAAUAUCAGACAGUAAGACUUUAUGUCAAGCUAUUACAAGAGGGUAAGGAAGGAUAUUGUGUAGUAAUAGGUCAGUUGCUCAAGAAAAUAUAACGAUUAUAAACGUGCAUAACAAUAAAAAAGGAAGGAUAUUGUGUAGUAAUAGGUCAGUUGCUCAAGAAAAUAUAACGAUUAUAAACAUGUGCAUAACAAUAAAAAAGAGCCCUAAAAUAUGUGACUGAAAUAUUGACAGAAUUGAAGGGAGAAACAGUUAAAAAAUAAUAAUUGGAAACUUCAGUACACCACCUUCAGUAACGGAUAGAACAUCUAAACAGCAGAUCAGUAAGGAAAUAGAGGACUUGGACACUAUAAACCAACUAGACCUCAGACAUAGAAAACUACCCAGCAACAGCAGAAUACACUUUCUCCAGGCUCCUACCCAGUAUAAAUUAUAUCUUAGGUCACAAAACAAGUCUCAUUUUUUUAAAAUUCAAGUUAUACAAAGUAUCUUCUCUGACCACAAUGGAAUAAAACAGAAAACUAAUAACAAGAAAAACUGGAAAAUCCACGAAUAUAUUGUAAUUGAAAAUGACAGUUUUUUAAAGUGCUGUGUUGCUUGUGGCACCUGUUACUAAGCCAUUGUUGCUAAAGUUAUUGUUGGUAAGAGAAUUGCAGCUAAAGCAUUGUAGGUAAGGACGUUUUGUUAAAGAUGUUGCUGCUAAGUGAAGGAGAAAACUGGCUUUGCCAGGCCAAACAUGGCAGCCUCAUGCUUCCUGUUAGCUCACUGCUGUUUUCUAAGCCCCUGUUAUAUGACCUUGCUGAGGCAGUCUUGUAAUUCCCUGGCGUGUAGCCGCAUUUGUCUUUGACCACUGUAAAACCUCUGCCCGUCUGCCUCCCACCUUUGGGUGUGGAGGUCUACUUUGGGCCUGCUGCUGUAAGGGACCGCCGCUUUGUGUGUAAGUCUCCCUAAUGAAACUCCUUUGUUGUCACGUUGGAAUUGACUGCCUCUUUCCCUCUCUCGGCACCGUCCAACUUCGGAGGCAAAUUUCAAGUUACUGGUCCAUAUCUGGGCAAUUGGCAGGUCAUCCAGGAGACUGAAGAAAUGGCAAGUGGGAGUGAGGCACCCAUACGGGAAACCCCAGGUUGGCCAGCAACCUCCAUGUGAGCGGGUCUAGCCUGUAUGUUUGAUGCGUGUGGUCUGCUGUGUAAGUAUAAGGACUGGCCCAAAACACCAAGCAGCAUAGUACAGUAGUGGGAAGACAUGUGCCUUCGUAACUGUGGAAAGGAAGCUAGAGCAGUAGAGGCUGUGGGGUAGCCAUUGCUUUUGGCAGUGUGGCUGGCCACCAAUGCCCAGCUAGCUGCCGAAGUGUGCAUAAGAGCCCAGAAGGAAGCGCUGCAAUUAGAAAUGUGCGCCAGUCCUGUGUGGCAACAACUGGUGUAUUAAGUAGCUGCAUCCGAGAGCAGGAUGAGCAGUCGAAGAUGCUUACCUGUGGGUUUAUUAAGAUGGGGGGAAGGAAGGUGCCAAAGGCAAGGAUUAGGACAGUGUUGAUGAGAGGUGAUUGGCAUGCCAAAAGUGGAAUCUGUGGGAGAGUGGAUUGAGUAGCGAAUUGGAUGUGGAAGUGAUAGUGGAGGAGGAGUCUGAUGCAGAGCUCUCCCCCUCUGUACAGCUGCUCGUUACUCAUAAGAUGAACCUGAUGACCCCAGAUAAUUCCCACCAGCCUGUUCCAGGACAAUGCAGAAAUACACCCCCACUGAGCUGAUGGAGUUGUGUGGGAAAUUCCAGCAGAAAGGAAAGGAAACUUGCAGUUUGGUUACUACAUCUGUGGCUUAUUGGGGAAGAUGGUGUCUCUUUAAAUGAAGCCAGGGUAGAAAAAAUGAGCAGCAUAAUCCCCCACUCCACAAUCCGUCAGCAUUUACAUGCAGCUCGGAACGCAGAGGGCACAUAGCAUGCUGUGUUAGAUCUGGCCAAUGUGUUCUUUACCAUCCUUCAAUCUCCAUCCACCCAGGAUUGGUUUGCCUUCACCUGGGAGGGGCAGCAAUGGAAGUGCACCGCCAGGAAUAUGUACCUAGUCCCACUAUUAGCCAUGGUAUGGUGGCUAGAGAUCUCUUUUCUGCUCCCUCCUUCCUUCCCAUGGCAUCAUGUUAACUGCUGAAGGUGUUUUUUGUUACAGGAAUGUGUAGAGGCCCUAAUCAUCCACCUAUAGGGAAGAGAAUAGGCUGUGAAUCCCCAUAACAUGCCAGGGCCAGGAACAU